UUGAUGGCCUCCCGGUUUUCGCAAUCCUCGGUGGUGGUGGUCUCCAGCCAGUUGGACGACUGCGCCUCCAGCCACGAUGACGGAGAUUUGAGCUCGCAGAGAAGGGAAUCAGAAACUGCCAGUAGUAGCUAUGGAAAUGCCACCGCUACCACCGCCACAAGCUUGGCCUACUUGCCCCAAACCACUGUAUUGUGUGAACUUCGGCACAAUGCUUUCGAGGCUUGCGUGCCCACCGGACCAUCGGAAUGGCGGCCUAAAGACCGAAUGAAGACGGGAUGUGUAGCUCUGGUAUUAUGUUUAAACAUUAGCGUUGAUCCGCCCGAUGUAAUUAAGAUAUCUCCCUGUGCCAGAAUGGAGUGCUGGAUAGAUCCAUUUGCUAUGGCUCCGCAAAAAGCUCUUGAAACAAUUGGUAAAACCUUGAGUCAACAGUACGAAAGGUGGCAACCAAGGGCUCGCUACAAGGUUCAGCUUGAUCCUACAGUAGAAGAAGUGAAGAAACUUUGUAAUACAUGCCGCAAAUAUGCCAAGUCUGAGAGAGUUCUUUUCCAUUAUAAUGGACAUGGUGUACCCAAGCCAACUGCUAAUGGUGAAUUUUGGCUCUUUAAUAAGAGUUACACACAGUAUAUCCCCUUGCCAAUUAGUGACCUCGAUUCCUGGUUGAAGACACCUUCAAUAUAUGUGUUUGAUUGUUCUGCUGCUGGGCUGAUAGUCAAUUCUUUCGUUGAGCUUUAUGAUUGGGGUGGCUCUAGCUCAUCUGGAUCUGCAAGGGAUUGUAUCCUGCUAGCGGCUUGUGAAGCACACGAGACUCUUCCACAGAGUGCUGAAUUUCCGGCUGAUGUGUUUACUUCUUGCCUCACAACUCCCAUCAAGAUGGCAUUAAGAUGGUUCUGCACACGAUCAUUACUUCAUGAGUCUCUUGAUUAUUCGCUAAUAGAUAAAAUCCCUGGCUGUCAAAAUGACCGGAAAACGCUUUUGGGCGAGCUGAAUUGGAUUUUUACUGCGGUCACUGAUAUGAUUGCAUGGAAUGUUCUCCCUCACGAUCUUUUCCAGAGACUGUUCAGACAAGACCUGCUAGUUGCCAGCCUUUUUCGUAAUUUUUUACUUGCUGAGCGAAUUAUGCGAUCUGCAAAUUGCUCUCCGAUCUCUCACCCACAGUUGCCUCCAACCCAUCAGCAUCAUAUGUGGGAUGCAUGGGACAUGGCUGCUGAGAUAUGCCUUUCUCAGCUUCCAGUAUUGGUUGAGGAUCCUAAUGCGGAGUUCCAGCCAAGCCCAUUUUUCACUGAGCAGUUGACUGCUUUUGAGGUAUGGCUUGACCAUGGGUCUGAAAACAAGAAACCACCAGAGCAAUUGCCUAUUGUUCUUCAGGUAUUACGCAGUCAAUGCCACCGAUUUCGAGCUCUGGUUCUUCUUGGAAGAUUCCUUGAUAUGGGACCCUGGGCUGUAGAUCUGGGCUUGUCUGUUGGGAUUUUUCCGUAUGUUCUGAAGCUGUUGCAAACGACACCUGAACUACGACAAAUUCUUGUAUUUAUAUGGACAAAAAUUCUUGCUCUUGAUAAGUCAUGUCAGGUUGAUCUAGUGAAGGAUGGGGGUCAUACAUAUUUCAUUAGGUUUCUUGAUAGUAUGGAAGCAUAUCCAGAACAGCGUGCAAUGGCUGCUUUUGUUUUAGCUGUAAUUGUCGAUGGGCAUAGACGUGGGCAGGAGGCUUGUAUUGAAGCAGGUUUGAUACAUGUUUGCUUGAAGCACCUUCAGGGUCCAACUCUAAAUGAUACACAGACAGAACCACUAUUUCUUCAGUGGCUUUGCCUCUGUCUGGGAAAGCUGUGGGAGGAUUUUACAGAGGCCCAAAUAUUUGGUUUGCAGGCAGAUGCCGCUGCAAUAUGUGCUCCUCUACUUUCUGAGCCCCAACCAGAGGUUAGAGCUUCUGCUGUUUUCGCACUGGGUACCCUGCUUGAUGUGGGUUCAGGCUCAUGUAGAGAUGGCGUUGGUGGAGAAGAAGAAUACGAUGAUGAUGAAAAGAUUAGAGCUGAAAUUAGUAUUGUUAGAAGUCUAUUAAGUGUUGCUUCAGAUGGCAGCCCUCUGGUCAGGGCCGAAGUUGCUGUUGCACUGGGACGCUUUGCCUUUGGCCACAACAAGCACCUCAAGUCAAUAGCUGCUGCAUAUUGGAAACCACAAUCUAAUUCCUUCCCCUCUUUGGCUCAUAUUAAAGGUAGUGUUGUUUCAUCUCAAAUUGAUCCACUGUUGAGAGGGACCAAUGAUAACUCAUUGGGUCGAGAUGGGAGAGUCUCCACCAGCAGCCCUCUAGCGAGUUCUGGAAUUAUGCAUGGAUCACCGUUGUCUGACGAUUCAUCUCAUCAUUCUGAUUCUGGAAUAUUAAAUGAUGGUGUGAGCAAUGGUGUUGUCAACCACUCAACACCUAAACCCCUGGACAAUGCAAUGUAUUCGCUGUGUGUAUUGGCUAUGUGUACCUUAGCCAAGGAUCCAUCUCCAUGCAUUGCAAGCCUUGGUAGGCGGGUUUUGGCCAUUAUAGGGAUUGAACAAGUGGUGGCCAAACCCGUAAAGCCCACUGGUAACAGUGUUCGACCUGGUGAAUCCAUUACAGCAACUCCGACUCCCAGUUUUGGUGGAUUAGCUCGGUCUUCUUCAUGGUUAGAUAUGAAUGGAGGUCACAUGCCAUUCCGAACUCCUCCUGUCAGCCCUCCUCGGCCAAAUCACUUAGCUGGAAUACGGAGAGUAUGCUCUUUAGACUUCAGGCCUCAUCUAAUGAGUCCAGAUUCUGGAUUAGCGGAUCCACUUUUAGGUUUUGGGGGAACUUCUGGAACCUCGGAAUGCAGUUUUCUUCCUCAAUCAACCAUCUACAAUUGGAGUUGCGGGCACUUUUCCAAGCCACUUCUCAUUGUGGCAGAUGACAGUAAAGAAGUACUAAGUAGAAGAGAGGAGAGAGAAAAAUUUUCCUUGGAGCACAUUGUUAAAUGCCAGCACUUUUCUGUGAGCAAGCUUAAUAAUCAAAUUGCUAGCUGGGACACCAAGUUUGAGACGGGUAUAAAAACAAUCUUGCUGAAACCAUUUUCUCCUAUUGUGGUCGCUGCAGACGAGAAUGAGCAAAUCAGGGUGUGGAAUUACCAAGAGCAGGAGGCUACCCUUCUCAACAGCUUCGAUAAUCAUGAUUUUCCUGACAAAGGAAUCUCCAAGCUCUGCCUUGUCAAUGAGCUUGAUGACAGCUUGCUUCUUGCUGCUUCAAGUGAUGGAAACAUUCGAAUUUGGAAAGAUUACACUUUGAAGGGUCAACAGAAACUUGUCACCGCAUUUUCUUCAACUCAAGGUCAUAAACCUGGGGUGCGAAGUUUGAAUGCUGUUGUGGAUUGGCAACAACAAUCUGGAUAUCUGUAUGCUUCUGGUGAACUAUCACCCAUUAUGCUUUGGGAUCUGGAUAAAGAGCAGCUUAUUAAUUCUAUUCCUUCUUCAUCAGAUUGUAGCAUCUCAGCACUGUCUGCUUCUCAAGUUCACAGAGGUCACUUUGCAGCUGGUUUUGUAGAUGGUUCUGUCAGACUUUAUGAUGUGCGAACUCCUGAAAUGCUUGUCUGUUCAACCCAGCCACACACUCAGAAGGUGGAAAGAGUUGUGGGGAUCGGCUUUCAACCCGGACUUGAUCCUUCCAAGAUUGUAAGUGCGUCUCAAGCUGGUGACAUUCAGUUCCUUGAUAUCAGAAACGACAGGGAUGCCUACCUCACGAUUGAAGCUCACAGGGGUUCACUGACUGCUUUAGCCGUUCAUAGGCAUGCCCCACUCAUUGCCAGUGGCUCGGCCAAACAGCUCAUGAAGGUCUUCAGUUUGGAGGGUGCACAAUUAGGCACAAUAAGAUACUACCCUUACUUUAUGGCCCAAAAGAUUGGUCCUGUUAGUUCCCUAGCCUUCCAUCCCUACGAAGUGCUGCUUGCAGCUGGUGCUGCAGAUGCUUUUGCAUCCAUUUAUGCUGAUGACAACUCUCAAGCUAGAUGAAAAUUCUAAUUCUACCCUCAUGGUUUGAUAAGGACUUCUUUUAUAUUGGAAGGCAGUUCAAGUGGACAGACUGCAAUUGCAAUCUUGCUGUUGCUGAUCACUCGGUGCAUCUGGGCCGUCAUGAUAUAAUAUUUCACUGCCCCAAUUCUUCUUCGACGUCAAUGGGUGCAUCUGGAAGCAUUGGCAGGUGACGAUUUGGUGGUGUUGAUAGUUAGGUUGUACACUGGGUGUCAUGACAUAAUCUCAUUAAGCAACGCAUAUGAUGGCAGCGCUGAUGGCACCAUGGGGCUACUGCCUAGGCCAAUUGGGAUUUUAUCAGUAUAUCGACUUCUGGUGAUGGUUGCUUACGUAGUUAUUGGUGAUUGUGAGCUGAAGACACCUGCAGAGACCGAAACUGUACAUGCAAUGGACAAGAUGAAGGGUUCGUGUUAACCUCUUCAAUUCUCAAUUCGUGCUUUGAUGCUAACUCAUCUGCAAAUUUAUCUUUACUUUGUUUUUCCUUUUAUUAUUGAGAUCAGGGAGUCGUGAUUGGCAAAGGUCUUUUUUUUUCUACUAUCUUAGCAAUCAUAACAAACUGGUGACUGACAUGUCAUUUCAAACAUUUCUAGCAACUGUGUUGCUUUUGUUUUUCCUGGCUGCAGGUUUUCUUGCGGAUACAAUGGACUACACGAUGUCGAAAAUUUGAAGGCUCAAAUCUAAUUGUAGAUAUAGAGUGUCUAAUUAUCAUUCACCAAUCGGUCUAAGUAACGAUUGUUUGGGUGGAUAUUUAAUGUUGGGCUUAUUGCGGAUGAAGGCCCAAGAACGUGAAAAGUAGAAGGAGAAUUGGGCUCACACAGUUGGCAGCCCAUGAAGAAUUGAAAAUCAUUUUUUUUUCCCGAGAAAUAGGCAGCAAGCCUAUGUGAAGUGACAAGUGAAAGAGGGCAACUCACCCCCAGCAAAAAGUACUUUCCCAUGACAUGGAUAGGUAAAUAACAAAAGUAGAUGGUGACUCACCAUACUCUAGAAUCUAUCACCAAAAGGGGAGGCUUGCACAAUUGGGCUAGAAGGUCUAUAAAAGUAGUUAGGGAUGCAAACAGAAGGGCUCUCAACCAAUCAAUCAAAAAACAUUCAACUCUGCACUCUAAUAGCAAGAAACCAGAAAGUUUUAGUUUGUUCAACCUUUACUCUUGUGCUGUAGUAUCGAAUCUCUUUAGGUAAACUCGGUUUAUGUUCUAUUUUCUAAGACUUCAAUCCCUGUAAAACACAAAGAGAAGUGGUUGCAAGAAGAUGAACCUUGCCUGACAAGGUUGUAAUCUUGCCCGAGUCUCUUUUGUUUGUACUUACCUAAAAUAGAUAUGUCGUUUUUGCA